GAUGGCCGCCUCAGACUCGUCGUCCUGCUGUGCGUCCUGCGUCGGCCUGAAGGACAGAUGUCCUCGUCCUCAGGGACUCCUCAACCUGCUCGUCACCAAACUGUGCCUCUUCGCCCUGCUGUUCGGGGUGGUCUGGUCCAUCACCGGCCAGCAGUGUCUGCCUGGAGGGAACCUGUUCGGCAUCGUCAUCCUCUUCAUCUGCUCCGUCCUCGGAGGGAAGCUGGUCGGACUCAUCCAGCUGCCCACGCUGCCCCCCUUCCCUCCACUACUUGGCAUGCUGCUGGCGGGCCUGCUGUUGCGUAACGUUCCCUACAUCACCGAUGCCAUCUUCAUCGACACUCACUGGUCUGCAGCUCUGAGGAACAUCGCGCUGUCCAUCAUCCUGACCAGAGCCGGGCUGGGCCUCAACCCCUCGGCGCUGCGGCGGCUGAAGGCGGUGUGCGUUCGUGUCGCCGUCGGUCCCUGCAUGGUGGAGGCCUGCACCGUGGCCGUGGUUUCUCACCUGCUGCUGGGGCUGCCCUGGGUCUGGGGCUUCAUCCUGGGCUUCGUUCUGGCUGCAGUGUCUCCAGCAGUCGUGGUUCCGUCCAUGCUGCUCCUGCAGAGGGAAGGAUUCGGAGUCGAGAAGGGAAUCCCCACCCUGCUGAUGGCUGCUGGGAGUUUCGAUGAUAUUCUGGCUAUAACAGGAUUCUCCACCUGCCUGGGAAUCGCCUUCUCCACAGGUUCUACAUGGAUGAACAUCCUGAAAGGUCUGCUGGAGGUGGUGGGAGGCGUCAUAGCUGGACUCAUCCUGGGCCUGUUCCUGUGCUUGUUCCCCAGCAAAGACCAGGAGGACCUGGUGCUGAGGAGAACCCUCAUGCUGCUGGGUCUGUCCAUAUUUUCGGUGUUCUUCAGUCAUGUUGUUGGUUUUGCCGGAGCCGGUGGUCUCUGCACGCUGGUUCUGUCCUUCCUGGCUGCCCUCGGCUGGAAGGCCGACAAGGCCCCGGUGGCAGCCAUGGUGGGUCAGUCAUGGGAUGUAUUCCAGCCACUCCUGUUUGGCCUGAUCGGAGCUGAAAUCACCAUAGCAACCCUGAACCCGAGCACUGUGGGUCUGGGCAUGGCCUGCAUCCUGAUCGGCCUGGUGAUCCGGCUACUCGUUACUUUCGUGCUGGUCCAUUAUGGAGGAUUCAACCUGAAGGAAAAGUUCUUCAUCGCUGUGGCGUGGCUGCCGAAGGCCACCGUGCAGGCUGCGAUUGGCUCCAAGGCGCUGGACAUGGCGAGGGAGGAGGGUGACGAGGCCUCGAUGAAGUUUGGUUUGGAUGUGCUAACGUUAGCCGUGUUAGCCAUCCUGACCACGGCGCCCAUCGGUGCGCUGGGCAUCGGCCUGGCCGGGCCACGCCUCCUGGCUCGGCAGGUCAAAGCAGAUGUGGUGGACGACGAAGCCUCGGCUCCCUGUCGCAACAGCAUUGUUCAAGAAAAAGACAGCGUGACCCUCGAGAGCAAACUUUGAGGCUUCUGACUGGACAAAUGGACUCUGACUAUAUUUGCAGCACUCCAUGUGUUCACUCAUUACAUAGAUGAUCAACUGUAUGUAGCUGCUGGAGGUUUUUAGAUGUAUUUUCUGCAUGUUUCUUCUGUGCUUUGAUUGUUUACCUGCAGUCCAUGUGCAAAUGUGUUUGUGUUUAUGAUGCUAAUGACAGUAAAAGCAGAGAAAUCCU